AUGACCGCUACCUCCAUCUCCCCCCACGAGGUCGCCAGCCGCAACCUUCUCCCAUCUCCCGACCCAUCGUCCAUAAGAUUGCCCGAGUCACCUGAAAAGAUUAAUCCCUCGAAUUCAUCUCUCCAUGAGAAAUCUCGUGGACUGCGCAAACUUCAAUCUCACAACCAACUGUCCUCCACUAACAACAUGGGCACCCAGUCCUCAAAUUUGAGAAACCGCUCGGCAGUUUCUACGAAGCUGUCACGCGAGCAACUCAAUAAUCCACCACCUUCGUCCACGGCGAUGUCAAACACCAACGUCAACAACGGGCCUCGAGUCCGUGCCAACAGCGAUGCUCCUUUACCCUUCGCACCACGAACCUCUCGCAAACCAGGCCUCACUUCCCAUUCAAAUGCGUCCUCCAACAACAUCGCUUCGCAUACCCGCAAAUCCAGCCUUGAAAUGACCCUCCGUGACGGCCCUCCUCCAGGAACCACUCCUUCCAUUGCUCUCUCUUUACUCCGCCACUCGAUCUUGACCAGCGGUGUCACCGCGACGAAAGAAGGUAUGUCCGAUUAUCGGAUAUAUCUGUGGUUGACACUCUUAAACAUUGCUCCUCUAUCAACGGACACAUACUUGAAUCUCAUCCAUCGCAGUCGCAGUCCAGCAUAUGAAAAGAUCUCCAAUGAUGUGUUCCGCACUCUGGCGACCGAUACAUUAUUCAAGCGGCGUGUUACGGAUGCGAGUCUCACGAGACUAUUGAACGCAACAGCUUGGCGGAUCCAUGAUGAGCAGUCAUCAGAGCCUCUUUCCGAAUUUGCGCAAAAGUACCCUCAAGCAACGUACCUUCAAGGCAUCAACGUCCUCUCAGCCCCAUUGUUGUAUGCUUCACGCUCCGAAUCCCAAGCCUACGCCAUCCUUAACUGCCUUCUGACCGAACACAUCCCCACGUAUCUCUCCCCGACGAUGUCGGGCGUCCACAGAGGUUUGGACCUCAUCGACCGAAUCCUGUCCUACAUCAAUCCAACACUCUCGUCUUUUCUGCUGAGCAAAUCUCUGCCGGCCAAAAUCUACGCUUUCCCGUCGGUUCUGACCCUAUGCGCAUGUACGCCUCCACUUCCUGAGGUUCUAAAGUUGUGGGACUUCCUGUUCGCAUUUGGUGUACAUUUGAAUGUGAUUUGUGUGGUUGCACAACUGUUAUUGCUCAAGGACAAACUCCUCGGAGAACCAAGCCCGGCGAAGAUAUUGAGGAGUUUCCCGAAUUUGAAUGCUGACGAAGUGAUCAAAAUGACGGUUCUGAUCGUAAGGGAAUUACCGGAGAAAGUUUACCGCGACGUCGUGGCUCAUGGAAGGGAAGUUUCGUGA